AUGGGACCAGAGUCUGACGACGAAAUGAUUGCAGUCGCAGUCGCAGAAGUAGAGGAGGUCGCAAGGACACCGCAGAAAAAAGCUAAGUCUACCGCAAGAAAAACUAAGGCCACCGCAGAUAAGUCGCAAACUGAACAUAAAAGGGACAAGCUUAUAGAGCUAUCAAGCGAUGGUAUUGUGGAGAAGUCUGUAAGCUUCAUAAGAAAGUCUAAUAAAGAUGUGAUCGAUAGACUAUACGAUGAACAUGAGAAUCAGAGGAUGAAGUUUGCUGCUGACUUCUUGUCAACACUUAUUAUUUCAAAGUUUGCUUCGGCACUUGGUAGCUUCAAUGCAGUGGAAUCAGCAGAUGCUCUGUCUGAUGAACUACUUAGUGAUAAGCUUCUUAAGGAAGACGUGUCACAUUUAACCAGAAGUAUAUCCCCAAACAUUCCAUUUAUAGGACUCAUCUCUGGUGGAUGUACAACCGCCAGGCAUGUAGUAGCCCAUAUAUGGAACAGGAAGGAGGAAGAGCCGGAAGUGUCCGACGAAGCUAAACAUCUCCUAUUACAUACAGAAUGCCACAACCCGGAGAGCCCAGCGAGUGGGGAAAUCCAUGAGUAG